AUGGAUAUUAUUCAUAGUAAGUCAACAAGUGCUUGGAAUUGGUUGAAGGAUAGACCUGCUGAGCACUGGAGUAGGUCACAUUUUAAGGAUAUACAUAAGUGUGACAUACUUUUAAACAAUCACUGUGAGAGCUUCAACUCAACAUUUCUUGAUGGAAGGAAAAUGCCAAUACUUGGAUUAUGGGAAGAACUGAGGAUGAAUCUAAUAAUUAGAUUGGAAAAUAGGAGAUGCGCAGCCCCAAGAUGGAAGUGUAAAGUUGGUCCAAGGAUUGAAAAGCUUUUGAAGAAAUGUGCAGAUCUAAGCCAUGACUAUAUGGCUUUCGAGUCCUCUCACAACAGGUUUCAAGUGAAGGGAAGAGGGGUUGCCUGUGCAUCAGGUGUAAAUUCUCUUCAUGAUGUGAACUUGAGUGCAAUGACUUGCACUUGCAGGAGAUGGAAUCUAAAUGGAUUGCCUUGUCCACAUGCAAUUGCUUGCAUAUACUCCAAAGGUUACUCACCAGAAGACUAUGUACAUGAGGCAUACUCUCAAAAGAAGUACAUGCUUGCCUAUGAGCCUGCUAUAAAUCCUAUUCCAGGUGUUCACGAGUGGGCUGUAGUGGAGAAGCCAAUUAUACCUCCAAAAUACACAAGGGGACCUGGCAGACCCAAAUUGUCAAGAAAUAAGGAACCAGGUGAAUUUCCACCACCUGCUGGAGCUACAAAGUUACCUAAAAGCUAUUAUUCUAAAGUUGAAGCUCAAAAUGUUGACCAAGUUGAUAAUUCUGAUAAUGUUCUAAAUUCUACAAAUCAUGUGGCAAACGAGAAUGGCAUGCCAUAUGAAAAUGUUGAUGUUGAUACUAUGAUGCAGGAGGUAUUGAUUUCCGUGGCAGAUUUUGCAGAUUUGAUUGUUAUAAUUUUAUAA